AUGGAGCAUCCGCAGGCCGAAGGGACGGUUGGUGGCGCAAGCUGGGUUCCGGUGAAUUUGUCACAUUUUGAGAAGCGUUUACCGACCGUGGAGAUAUUCAAGCAACAGUUUGAUGGGAUACCGUUCGAGGAGCUUCCAAUUGUUCAUAUCAAAGCAUCGCGGAACAAUACGCUAAUUACUGUCACAGAUCAUAGGUACAAAAUAAUCACCUACACAUCAUGUCGUUUGGAAGGAUUCAAAAAUGCGCGAAAAAAGACGAAUAUUGCUGGCCAAACAACCGGUGUUGCUGCAGGACAGCGGCUUAUCCGACGCGGAAUUCGAACAGUUCGAGUGGUGGUAUGUUUCCAUUUCAUCCGUUUUUGUAAUGAUUAUUGUUUCUUAUAA